AUGAGAUUCGGUCAACAGCUGCGAAGCUCCCUGAUCAAGGACUGGUACUACUACUACAUCUCCUACGACGAGCUUAAGAAGAGCCUGCGCACCGACUUUGAACACGAGCCGCUGGUCCGUACCAACAGCGGCGGCAGGCGGAAAAAGUGGUCGGAGGAGGACGAGCAGCGGUUUGUCAACCAGCUUGAGCAGGAAUUGGACAAGGUCUUUACCUUCCAGAAAGUCAAGAGUCAGGAGAUUAUCCGCCGCAUUCAGUCCAGCGAGAAGGAGGUCAGCCAGGUCAUCGCCCGUGCCGAGGCUGCCCAACGCGAUGCUCAGGCUCAGGCGGACGCUCCCAGCGAGGAGGAGUUCCUGUUGCYAGAGGAGGACUUGUCGGACAUCAUUGCCGACGUGCAUGACCUGGCAAAAUUCACACAGCUGAACUACACUGGUUUCCAGAAGAUCAUCAAGAAGCACGAUAAGCAGACACAUUGGCAUUUGAAGCCGGUCUUUGGUGCACGACUCAAUGCCCGACCCUUCUUCCGGGAUGACUACGAUGGUACCGUCGUGAACCUCUCGAAGCUCUAUGACCAGGUCCGGACGCGGGGAAACCCUACCAUAGGGGAUUCCGCUGCUGGUGAGAAACAGCAGAACUUCGUCCGACAGACCACAAAGUACUGGGUGCAUCCGGACAACAUUACCGAGCUAAAGCUGAUUAUCCUCAAACACUUGCCUGUACUUGUAUUCAACCCCAGCAAAGAGUUUGAGAAGAAAGACUCUGCCAUCUCUUCCAUCUACUACGACAACCCGGAUACGUGGGAGCUCUACCAAGGUCGUUUGAAGAAGACCGAGGGUGCCGAAGCGAUUCGUCUGCGAUGGUACGGCGGAAUGGACGUCGAUACCAUAUUCGUGGAGAGGAAGACGCAUAGAGAGGAUUGGACUGGGGAAAAGUCUGUCAAAGCACGUUUCUCGACCAAGGAAAAGAACAUCAAUGCAUACUUGCGYGGGGACAUGACUACUGAACAAAUCUUUGAAAAAUCUCGCAGGGAGGGUAAGAAGAGUGAGAAGGAGAUCAAUGACCUCGAAGCUCUGGCCAAAGAGAUUCAAUUCCGCGCGAUCGACCGCAAGCUGGUGCCCGUUUGCCGGUCAUUCUACAACCGCACAGCUUUUCAGCUUCCCGGGGAUGCCCGCGUCCGUGUCUCGCUCGAUACUGAAUUGGCCAUGACCCGCGAAGACAACCUUGAUGGCAAGCAACGAUCUGGCAAGAAUUGGCGACGAAUGGACAUCGGAAUCGAUCAUCCUUUCAGUCAGCUACCGCCCGAGGAUGUCGAACUCUUUCCAUAUGGCGUUUUGGAAGUCAAGCUUCAAACUGCGGCAGGUCAAGAGCCACCAGAGUGGAUUCGAGAGUUGACAUGUUCUCAUCUUGUCGAGGCUGUGCCCAAAUUCUCCAAGUUCAUUCAUGGCUGCGCAAGUCUAUUCCCGACACGAAUCAACCUCCUCCCAUUCUGGUACACACAGAUGGAGACCGACAUCAGAAAGCCUGUCAGCCACAAAUUCGGAAUUGAGCGACCCGGCCAGAGCACCGACGCCAGCACCAGCGCCGGCUUGGACGAAGACAGUGAUGACGAGCUCGACGCCGAUGAUGAGGAUGGGCGAGACGAAGAUGACGAGAACGUGCAAARGCUGCGUGCUGCCCGAGAUGCGCUUGAGCAGCACGAAUUGGAUCGCCACCUCAGUAAUGCGAAUGGCGAUGCGAACGUCAUGGACGAAGAAGAACGCAUGUCUCACAAGCCUCUCGACACCACCGAGGAGGAUUACCCGCUCUACGAUUCGGAUGAUGAGGAGGAAGCGCUCGCCGAGGCGAAGCGUGUUGGUGGCUGGACUUAUCGACUGCAGCUGGCGAAGAGUUAUACCAAUCUGCUGGGCGACAAGGUUUUGUACGGCCUCAGCUACCUUACACCAUUCCCGAAACCUACUCCUAUUCCUGGACGACAGGGUAAGAUGGGAAUUCCCGGUGGAAGUGGUGUCAUGGAGAAAAGAUUCAAGGCUCCGAAGGGCAAGAAGAUCCACGUGCCCGUACGUGUGGAGCCAAAGGUAUCCUUUGCUGCGGAGCGCACGUUCUUGGCUUGGCUCGAAUUCUCCAUCAUCCUCGGAUCUAUCGCUGCGACACUGCUCAACUUUGGCGACCGCAUCUCUCUCGCCGCUGCAGUCGCAUUCACUGCCGUGGCGAUUGCCGCACWCCUCUACAGCAUGGCAAUCUUCCUCUGGCGUGUUGAUAGAAUCAAGCAGAGGAAGGCGGUCAACUAUCACGACAAAUGGGGCCCUUCCUUCUUAUGUUUGGGACUGGUGGCCUGCGUGACCGUGGCAGUCGGGUACCGAUUCCAGUAUGGUGGAGAUGGAGAUCUCAGAGGGAGAGGGUGA